AUGAUGAACCCAAUUCACAUUUUCUUCACAUGGGCCAUAUUCAGCCUUAAUACCUCGGCGAAAUGGUUAGGCGAAUGGGGCUUGGAGAACUUCGCCAUCACCUGCCCAAACGACGACUCCUGCACGUACAACUUCAGGAUCAUCCGGGGUGUCCAAACCCCGGACCAGUUCUACCGACACACGGACUGCAUCUUCACCAUCAACAGGGACCUUGACAUUCCUGCGUCCCAGGUCAACUUGACCAACCAGUUGUGUGAAGGGACGGACGAGUUCAAGGUCAACAGCCAAUGGAACUACAAUGGAUCCAUCAGCCUUUGCAUCAUCCACGAGAUAUCGGACAGCUGGGCGUUCUUCGGCUACGAGACCUCGCAGAUCCUCAACGCCAACGCGUCGUGGAUGGUUACCAGCCCCUGCUACCAGAUCGGCACCUUCAAUGACAGCGACCGACCCCCUGGGUACCCGGGAGACGGGAAGGCUGAGCUGUGGUCUGACAACGAGGGGCUGGGUGAGGCGGAGAAAUCCUGCGAGCUGAGUGUCGGUAGAAACUGUGUCUGA